AUGCAUUUCAACAACGUUGGACUCCUGGCCACGGUCGUCCUGGCCUCCACAGCUUCAGCGCUGCCCCGCAUGCCGCACAAUGGCGCGGUAGCUGCUGCCGCUGGGGGCUUGGAUCCAUCCCAAAAGAGCGGAAAUCUUAUUCAGAGAUCGGAGGAGCAGACGACAGCGAGCCAAGACAACGCUGCUUUUUUGUUCAGUGUUGAUGACGGUGAAGAUAGUGAUGAUGAGGGCGAUAACGGUUCCACUACUCGUCAUUAUCACGUGUCUAAUCAUGACAAUGGCAACGAUCUGAUGCAAAGAUCAGAGGAGAAGACAGCGAGUCAAGACAACGCUGAUUUUUUGGUCAAUCUUGGGGACGAGACAGACAAUGAUACAGACUAUGAGUAUGAUAGUGGCCAGCUUACGCGUGUCAAAAACCAUGGGAAACGAAGCCUUAAGCAGAGAUCAGAGGCAGGGACGGCUACCCUCAACAAUGAGGACCUUAUGUACAGUGCUACUGGCGAUGAGGGGUUUCCCAAUCCCCGCGCCCCCUGGAGAGGUGGCAAAACGGAGAGAUCAGAGGCAAACGCGGCUAGCGAAGACGGGGCUGAUAGGGAGGUUCCACAUGCUCCGGCUUUCAAUUGGCCCAAGAGUGCUAGCCAAGGUUUUGGCGGUGUUACGCACAGAUCAUAG